CGACCGGAUCUUGUCGUACAGGCGAUAAGGUCGACCCACAACUAAGGCUGUAGAACUAUCACUAGCGGUCGUGUCCAGUCCAUCCAUAACGGUAGAUAACAACAAUGGCUCUCGCUACCCGCUGCAAGGCUCCCGUUGCCGUGAGCGCUGCUCGCUCGAGGCGGUGUGUGCGCGUCUGCGCCCACAAGAGCUCUGUUGAGCAGGUUCAGAUUGCAGUCGCGUCGGUCGCUGCUGCAUCGCUCCUUGCCCUGCCAGCCAACGCUGGAGUCGUGCUCCAACAGCCUGAGCUCAAGAAGCUCUUCCAGGAUGACACCCCCGCUCCGGCGCCUGUGAAGCGCGAGUUCAAGGGCCUCGCAGCUCAGUCCAUCUCCCUUCCCUCCGCUCCCAAGCUGACUGCUCCCAAGCUCGAUUUUGAGGCCCCCAAGAAGGCUGUGGAGAAGAAGGCGGAGGCUGGCGAGUCAGGCAUUUCCCUGGACCCCCGCAGCAUUGCCCUGCCAGGUGCCCUAGCGCUCACCAUCGGCGGCUUCUUCGCGGCGUCCAAGAUCGACAAGUCCUUCAACGAGUGGUUCACGGAGGCCGUGGUCAAGGACUCCAACAACUACGCCGGCUACGAGGCCACCCUGAAGACGGACAACGGCGUUGUCUUCCCCAAGGCCACUGCCACGGGGACCAAGAAGGUGAAGGCGGCGACGGGCUCUAAGAAGGGCGGCUUCCCCUUCGGCGGCAAGAACUGAGCGCUGCCGCUGCAUGCAGCUGUUCGCAAGGGGCAAGGGAGCUUAACUAGAGCCUAUACAUGACAAUUUGCCAGGGCUACUCACCAUGCCUUGGAUGUAUCCUUUUUGACCCACUUGCCCGGCCCCAUACAUGAAGUGAUUCCAGGCUCGUCUGGAUGCUUUUGGCCGGCGCGAGGGUUGCUGUGGUGAUGUGGUCUUGGUGUCGGGUCGGACACAUUGUGGGUAGCGUUGCUGGCGAAGUGCCUCGAAUGUUGUAUAGCGUCGUUUGUGGGAGCGGGGGCAGCAAAGGGCGGAUAUCGCCUCGCAUCGAGGUUUUUCUCCGGAUGCUUUGCCACGGGCCUUGAGCGUGUGCAGGUAUUCGUCACGGGCUAGAGGGCAUGGGAGCGAUGAGAGGUGCUGAGGAGAGCAUGUGUGUGCAGAGGACGCGUGCUGUUGCGCCUAGUGAGCGUUGUAAGCAUAUUCAGGCGAGGCUCAUGGAGCGGAUGGUAGAGACGGGUAUACCUUGCCGUGCCCUGUUCUCGCAUGAGCCACGAUGCCUCUCCUGUUAUGGAGAAGAUUGCUGCUUAUUUUGCAUGGCGUGCAUAAGUAUGCAUGUGCCAUGCGUAGUAUACAGAUGACUGUUUGUUCGGAGAGUAGACGGUUUGCCAUGCUUGGUAAUACACUCCACGCUAA